AUGGCGGAGAGCGGCGCUGACGUUGCGGCUAACACCGGGCAGGCGCUGGGGAAAGGCAUGAUCCGAAUCACCGUGAAAACCCCCAAAGACAAGGAGGAGAUCGAGAUCGGCGACACGGCGUGCGUGAGAGAGGUGAGACCGCCGAUACGGCGAUAUACCGCGAUAUAUAUAGCGAUAUACGGCGAUACCCAGCGAUAUACACCGAUACUGAGCGAUAUACACCGAUAUACGGCGAUACGGGGGGAGGGACACUGAGAGAUACCUGGGGGUCCAGGCUGGGGAGGAGAGACACUGAGAGAUACCUGGGGGGUCCAGGCUGGGAGAGGGGAGACACUGAGAGAGAUACCUGGGGGGUCAGGCUGGAGAGGAGGGAGACACUGAGAGAUACCUGGGGUCCAGGCUGUGGGAGGGAGAGACACUGAGAGAUACCUGGGGUCCAGGCUGGGGGAGGAGAGCACUGAGAGAUACCUGGGGGUCCAGGCUGGGGGGAGGAGCACUGAGAGAUACCUGGGGUCCAGGCUGGGAGGGAGAGACACUGAGAGAUACCUGGGGUCCAGGCUGGGGAGGGAGAGACAUGAGAGAUACCUGGGGGUCAGGCUGGGGAAGCACUGAGAGAUACCUAGUUGUGCUGGGGAGGGAGACACUGAGAGAUACCUGGGGUCCAGGCUGGGGAGGAGAGACACUGAGAGAUACCUGGGGUCCAGGCUGGGGAGGGAGAGACACUGAGAGAUACCUGGGGGUCCAGGCUGGGGGAGGAGGAGACACUGAGAGAUACAGGGGUCACUGAGAUACCUGGGGUCCAGGCUGGGGAGAGAGGAUACUGGUCCAGUCCUGGGGGAGGGAGAGACACUGAGAGAUACCUGGGGGUCCAGGCUGGGAGAGGGAGAUACCUGGGGUCCAGGCUGGAGAGACUGAGAGAAACAUUCCAGGUCCAGGCUGGGGAGGGAGAGACACUGGGGGAGGGAGGGAGACACUGAGAGAUACCUGGGGUCAGGCUGGGGAGAGGGAGAACACUGAGAGAUACCUGGGGUCCAGGCUGGGGAGGGAGAGACACUGAGAGAUACCUGGGGGUCCAGGCUGGGGAGGGAGACACUUGAGAUACCUAGGGGUCCAGGCUGGGGGAGGAGAGACACUGAGAGAUACCUGGGGGUCAGGCUGGGGAGAGGAGAGACACUGAUAGCGGGGCCACCCUGGGGUCCAGGCUGGGGGGAGAGCACUGAGAGAGAGAGAUACCUGGGGUCCAGGCUGGGGAGAGCUGAGAGACACUGGGGUGGGAGAAUACACUGAGAGAUACAGGGGUCCAGGCUGGGGAGGAAGGAGAGGAGACCUGGGGUCAGAGCUGGGGAGGGAGAGACACUGAGAGCGUGCCUGGGGGUCCAGGCUGGCUGAGGAGAGGGAGAGACACUGAGAGAUACACAGGGGUCCAGGCUGGGGAGGAGAGACACUGAGUGAUACCUGGGGUCCAGGCCAGGGAGAAGGGAGACACUGAGAUACCUGGGGUCCAGGCUGGGGAGGAGAGACACUGAGAGACACUGGGGAUCCAGGCUGGGGAGGGAGACACUGAAAGGGGGGAGGGAGAGACACUGGGGGUCCAGGCCAGGGAGAGGAGAGACACUGAGAGAUGCCGGGGGUCCAGGCUGAAGACACUGAUACCGGGGUCCAGGCUGGGGAGGGAGGACACUGAGAGAUACCUGAUACCUGGGGUCCAGGCUGGGGAGGGAGGGGAGAUAAGGCUGGGGGGGAGAGACACUGAGAGAUACCUGGGGUCCAGGCUGGGGAAGGAGAGACACUGAGAGAUACCUGGGGGUCCAGGCUGGGGGGAGGUAGAGACACUGAGACAUACCUGGGGGUCCAGGCAGUGGUCAUGGUGUUUGCAGUCACUCUAAAAUGGAACAAUAGGGAUAACAAGAUUCUAUAGAACAGCAUGGUAGCAGGAGAUCAUUAAGGGAAAGCAGUUGCAGUGUCCUGAAUCACUCUCAGCAGGUUAGCAUUGAGGAGAUAUGCGACUCUGAGUCAACCUCCGCUCACCAGAACAGUCAUAUAAUUGCCAGAGGAUCAACCCUGGGCUGUUGACGGAUUGAUUAGUAAAUGUCAUUUAUUUCUCUCUUUAUAUUGUAGUGAUUUUACCAAUCACACCCCUUGUGUUAAACCUAGCCACUAGGGACUGUAAAAGACUAUCUUAUUCUAAAUUGUGUCCGGGACUGUAAAAUGGCCGUAUCCCCUAUUGUUAAGCUAUGGGGAUAAAGCAUCCGUUUCCCGAACAGUAAUCUACAACACUGUUCGGGAAAUUCCCUAACUACCGAAUGAGACCACACCGAGGAGGUCGUGUGUCUCUCAUUAACGGAAUGCAGCAUUGUUUCAAAUUGAUGUUAAUGGUUUUCAUGUGUGGCCGCCGUUCGUAUACCGAACACGUGGUGGCGGCCAUCUUUGUUCGCUAAAAGUUCAGCGGUGUUUGGUCGUCGAGUGCCUAGAACUAAAAUCGGUCACUUGAUUUCCAAACACUGCUGGACUUCCAGGCCGUUCGGGAGGUCCGCUCUUUCGCCAAAAUGCUUCAUUUCGUUUAAUCUCUUCAUUGAGACCUGGUUCAAUUUAAACAGGAUUUUGUAUGGCGUUCGGCUAUUUCUGCAGGAAUCUGAGCAGUACUUCGUGAGAUUGCAGGGAUCUGAGUGUACAAUCUAAUGAGGGGACAUUCGGUCAAAUUUGUGGGAAAUUGUACAAGUUAUGGAUUUUAAUGUAAAAUACUAUAUUUUUCUGUACCAACUGUAAUGUAAUGUAAUAAUCUGUGCCUGCUGAUGCCAUCACUGUCCCUGUACAGCAGGGGAUGCUGGGAAACGACCUUGCAUGGUCCGUUUCCCACACAGUCCACAUGAUUAAAAUCCCUGCUGAAUCAGUCUGGAAACCCUGUGCAGGGAAAACCGUAUAAAUUUGGUGACUUUUCAAUAAAGCCCUCAGUUGACUCCCAGACUAUGUGUCGUCUAGUCAUUGGCAAAUGGAUUAUACUACGCUACCUGUGUCCUGUAUACUGAUUCCUGGUUAACAGCGGAAAGAUCGUGGAUUAACCCUUUCUACUCCGCCACACCCCUGACUAACUCUUUAACCCUUUCAUAGACAAUAUGCUAACAUGGCCUGAUAUUUCAUAUUCUCAAUUCACAUAGACCCUACCAGGAGUUUAAAAAGAAACUCCCUACACCUUAAAGAGAAACUAUACCUAAUGUGCAUGCGCUGGGAUGGCAUUAGGACUUCCCCCAUAGGAAAGCAUUGUAUAAUGUUUACCUGUGGGGUUUUGGGUGAUGCUGGCUGUCCUCGUGCAGGGCGUAAGGAUGUCCAUCGUCAGUUACAUCCUUACUCCUUGUGUAAGAAUCCACCUGUCUUUCUCCAUCUUUUGGGAAACCGUGGUGUGUCUGCGCACCGUACUUAAAGGGACACUCGAAGACCCAUAACCACUACAUCCUCCUGCAGUGCUUAUGGUGCAAGAAUUUCUGUCAAAAUAUUUUUGAGUGUUUUUUUUCACAAACUGAGGAGAGCCAGUAGCCCGCUCUAUCACUUAAUACACUGCAAUUACAAUAGUUAUAUAUCCACUCUAGCUAUGAAAUAUGUCCAAGCUUAGAUGGCUUUCAUUGGCUGAAUGAUAUCUGAAUACAUUAUAUUUGCAGAAUAAAGGUAAACCGUACGUCUGCUCUGAGAAGUACCCCCCUUUUUAUAAUGACUCACAGACCAGAUCAUUUAUUCCCUGCUUCACUCUCUAUGCUCUAUGCAAUGUCAUAGAGCAGCAGUAGUUUUGGUGCUUUGUUAAAGCUAGUCUUUGACAGUGAGCCAGUCGCUUGGUUCCAGCAAUGAAUAACGUGCUGGACAUAUUGCUACAAGUCUACUAUCUCAUAGACCUUUAGUAUUGAGCUGUACGAUUCACGCGUGUUUAACCCUUUCUGAACUUGUGGUAUGAAUCUGUAAUCUCAUCAUCUUCAAGGUGCACUUCCUUUAGGAUUCAAUACUGAAUCGUAUAGAUUUAAAGAACAGAUAUCACAACAUCCCUUACUUUAGGGCUUUCUUAAUGGCAUUCAUUAUUGCGGGUACUUAGCAUUGUGGGCUAUUUUAUAUUGAAAUAAACCAAGGUACUUCUCUUAUAGAUUUAAAAAAAAACAUUUAAAUCAUGUCUUUUUGGCUGAUCAAAUACAACAUCCGUUAUUUUGUGAUUGUCGACUCGGUCCCGGGCCAAAAAAAAAAAUCUUGCUUCCGAAAGGUGUGUGUUUAGCUUUUGCAUACUAGAAACCUUUGUCACCUUCUCCCCAUUGCCUGACUUCGUCAUGCUUGAUUGCUUCAUGCUGGAGUUCAGUAAACUCUGAUGAAAUCGUUUCUCUGUAGAAUUUAGUGUAUUGAUAGGUCUCUUGGGAGGGAUUAAGACUCAAUCUAUUGUCUGCUACAAUUCAAGACAAGGCUGUACUGUAAGAAACGUUACUUUGUCUUAAUGCCCCAUAUAAGAUGAUGGACAAUACCUACCAACUCAUUAUACGAAUCAGACUGUCCCAGCAGUAGUUAAAGAAACAGUCUAAAAAAUAAAUAUCUCUUUAAAUCACAAUGACAUGUAGUCCGGCAUUGAGAUAGACUCCUUCCUGCAGCCAGACUCCUUCCUGCAGCCAGACUCCUUCCUGCAGCCAGACUCCUUCCUGCAGCCAGACUCCUUCCUGCAGCCAGACUCCUUCCUGCAGCCAGACUCCUUCCUGCAGCCAGACUCCUUCCUGCAGCCAGACUCCUUAUUUUUGUCCAAUUAAAUGCUUUUCACAGACAUCGUGCAUGCGCAGCCAUUGGCACAAUACACCAGAUCAGCCCUGAGUGGCUGUUGCAUAAUCGCAAAUAGGAAGAAUCUUAUCAGAACCAGCCCAGCAUCAAAUCCUUUUCAGAUGAUAUGAUUUUGGUGCUUAGACUGUCUCUGUAAGUGACAGAUGUCACAAUUGGACUCUGAUUUUCUAGUAUGGAGUGUUCCAUGAUUCUGUGAGAUAAUUAAUCUCUUGGUAAUUUGAGGUUUAACCCUUGGGGUAUCAGUCUUGCUUAGUCACCUCAUUAAUUAUGUCUUGAGCUUUGAAUAUUAUUAAGCAGGAAGGAAAGGAACACUGUGUGUCAAUAAAUCCAAAUCCCAAAAUGCCAUUUUAUUAUGUUUUUCUUUUUAAACUGCUGUUGUGUGUUCUCUAUUUCUUGGUUGCCUAACUCUCUCUGUUAGAGUAGAGGGAGCUGUGCUAGAAUAUUACAUUUUACACUGUCUUUCUUUGCAGUUCAAGGAGGAGAUAUCCCGACGGUUCAAGGCCAAACAUGAUCAGCUGGUUCUGAUCUUUGCUGGGAAAAUCUUAAAAGAUGGCGACACACUAAACCAACACGGCAUCAAAGAUGGGCUUACCGUUCAUCUAGUGAUCAAGACCCCACAGAAGUAAGAUUUUACCCUUGAAAGUUUGUGUUCGAGCCACUGACAGGCUGGAUUGUAAUAUCUACUGAUGUCUGAUUUGGUUCAUUUAGCAAUUCACCUUUUAAUCCUUAAAGGAACACAACAGACACCAUAGCCGGAACUUCUAAACAGAAAAUUCCAUUAGCUCACCUGGAUGAAGCUUGCAAUGCAGAGACCUCUUAUUGUCUCAGCCUAUUAUCUAAGCCAGGGAUUGGCAACCUUCGGCACUCCAAAUGUUGUGGACUACAUCCCCCAUUAUGCUCUUACACCCAUAAUGCUGGCAAAACAUCUGGAGUGCCAAAGGUUGCCUAUGCCUGAUCUAAGCCUUGCACUGCUUCUGACUCUCCAGUACCAGUUGUAGAGGUAGGCAGCAAACUCCAGGUUAAAAGCCACUUAGUUUUAAAAUUAUUAGCCACCCUACAAGGAGGAGUCUCAAGACAUGCCUGGUUUGAGGGUUCUUUAUAAUAUGCUAUAUAUUUUGAUAACUCGUAAAAAUUCCGGACAGCUUUGCCCCAUAACCUUAUAACUGUAGUUAUAAUACACUGUGUGCGGGGAGACAUUGCACCUCCUUACACCAUAACCUUAUGGUCGUAGUUAUAUUAUACACUGUGUGUGGGGAGACAGGGGACCUCCUUACACAGUAACCUUAUAGCUGCAGUUAUAAUACACAGUGUGCAGGGAGACAGGGGACUCCUUACACCAUAACCUCAUAGCUGCAGUUAUAAUACACUGUGUGCGGGGAGACAGGGGACCUCCUUACACCAUAACCUUAUACCUGCAGUUAUAAUACACUGUGUGCGGGGUGACAGGGGACCUCCUUACACCAUAACCGUAUACCUGCAGUUAUAAUACACUGUGUGCAGGAGGACAGGUGACCUCCUUACACCAUAACCUUAUAGCUGCAGUUAUAAUACACUGUGUGCGGGGAGACAGGGGACCUCCUUACACCAUAACCGUAUACCUGCAGUUAUAAUACACUGUGUGCAGGAGGACAGGUGACCUCCUUACACCAUAACCUUAUAGCUGCAGUUAUAAUACACUGUGUGCAGGGAGACGGGGGACCUCCUUACACCAUAACCUUAUAGCUGCAGUUAUAAUACACAGUGUGCAGGGAGACAGGGGACCUCCUUACACCAUAACCUUAUAGCUGCAGUUAUAAUACACUGUGUGCAGGGAGACAGGGGACCUCCUUACACCAUAACCUUAUAGCUGCAGUUAUAACACACUGUGUGCGGGGAGACAGGGAACCUCCUUACACCAUAACCUUAUAGCUGCAGUUAUAGUACACUGUGUGCAGGGAGACAGGGGACCUCCUUACACCAUAACCUUAUAGCUGCAGUUAUAAUACACUGUGUGCGGGGAGACAGGGGACCUCCUUACACCAUAACCUUAUAGCUGCAGUUAUAAUACACUGUGUGCGGGGAGACAGGGGACCUCCUUACACCAUAACCUUAUAGCUGCAGUUAUAAUACACUGUGUGCGGGGAGACAGGGGACCUCCUUACACCAUAACCUUAUAACAGCAGUUAUAAUACACAGUGUGCUGGGACACAGGGGACCUCCUUACACCAUAACCUUAUAGCUGCAGUUAUAAUACACUGUGUGCAGGGAGACAGGGGACAUCCUUACACAGUAACCUUAUACCUGCAGUUAUAAUACACUGUGUGCGGGGAGACAGGUGACAUCCUUACACCAUAACCUUAUACCUGCAGUUAUAAUACACUGUGUGGGGAGACAGGUGACAUCCUUACACCAUAACCUUAUAGCUGCAGUUAUAAUACACUCUGUGCGGGGAGACAGGGGACAUCCUUACACCAUAACCUUAUACCUGCAGUUAUAAUACACUGUGUGCGGGGAGACAGGGGACCUCCUUACACAAUAACCUUAUAGUUGUAGUUAUAUUAUACACUGUGUAUGGGGAGACAGGGGGCAUCCUUUGCAAACGCUGAUCUUUUACCUGCUUUGUAUAUGUUCAGUUGAAGUCAUUGCUGCUUAAACUGGCCAUAUGGGGCAGGGUUUGAAUCUCUCUUUACGGUUAGUUACACUGCCAUACUUUGAAGUAACAUAUAUUGUGGUUUAAUCUGAAGCUGUUUCCUGCAGAUCGUAUGGAUGGCAAGUCACAUUCAGAUACUAAUACAGUUAAUCUAUACAUUUUGUAUCGUUCUGUCUAAAAUGAGUGGGCUUUGUUUGGACUUGUUAUAUUGGUUGGAUUUGAUAAAUGACUAGUGCCGUCUCUUUGCAGAUCGCAGGAUCCACCAGCUGUGUCUCCUUCUGCUGGUACUGCUGCUUCCACAUCUUCAACAUCACCAUCAAACCCUGCUGCUCCUUCCCAGCACCCUUCCUCCAGCAGCACUGCAUCGGAGGCCAAUGAGGGGAGUCCCAGAGGGGACGGGAAUGGGAGCAGCGCAAAUCUUGGGGACAGUUCUCCUCCAGGCGUAAACCUGCUCUGUGAGUACAUUUGGCACUCUAAGCUCAAUGUUUGAUCGGGUUCCCUGGGGAUCCUGUGGGAAGGUUCGGGGAACAAUCCAUCAUUUCCUUUUUCAUUGUUUUUUUUUCAGCUGGGUUUGGUGGUUUGUCUGCUCUCGGUAACCUGGGCAUGGGCUCUGCUAACUUUAUGGAGCUGCAGCAGCAAAUGCAACGGCAGCUCAUGUCCAACCCUGAGAUGCUUUCUCAAAUCAUGGAGAACCCCUUGCUCCAAAAUAUGAUGGCCAACCCUGAACUCAUGAGGCAGAUGAUCAUCGCUAACCCCCAGAUGCAGCAGCUGAUGGAGAGGAACCCAGAGAUCAGUCAUAUGCUCAACAACCCAGAACUCAUGCGGCAGGUGUGUAAAUCGAAUGGUACUAAUUCACCGUUCUGCAAUAUGCCCUCUUUUACAAUCGCUUUAUUGCAACUUAUACCGCACCUUUAGAUUGGGCUUCACUCUAUAGCCUUUCAUUAAGCAUGGUUUAUUUUGCAUAAUCAUUAAGUCUAUCUGUCUGUUUAAAAGCUCAGUGCUUUUGACAAACUGCGUUCUAACUUGUUCAGUAAAUAUUCUGAGCACAAUAACAACUUCAUCUUAAUGAAAUAUCUAUUGUGCCUGGUCCUGGUUGCCAUCUCACCUUCAUUUAUGAACGGUUUAACCCCAAAGUUGUGUAUAUGGCUCCCGUCCACUCUGCCAGCAAAAUCUAAUGGUUAUAUGGGGAAACAUAGGACUGGGUGCCAGUGAUAGGAUGUGGACACACAGAGUGGGGACUGUAGAUAUACCUAAACUCAGUGCCAUCAUGUUACUUGUCAGGAGCCCAGUCAAAUAAAACUCACAGAAUAAUGACUCAAAGAAAGGCAAACAUUAAGUCCUCACUUCUUUUUAUAAUCAGCAUUUAUUGGAUUCAGGAAAAACAAUUCUUUACAUAAUUAUGAAAAUAAAAACGGAUAUGUCAGAAAUUCACUAGAUUUAUUUACUAAAGUGAUAAUUAAAGGUACAUCUUCAAAUGUAAGAGCAAAGUAGCCAAAGUGGAAAAAUUAAUUAGCGCCUGCGUGAAUUCACGACAAUCCUCACUCAAUAAUCCUGAAUGAUGCUUGGAACAGAUACAUCGAAUUCUGGUGGAUAUCUCUCCUCAAUAAAAGGGGAGUUGGCGAUCAGACUGAAGGUUACACUAAACCAAAAAUGAUAGAGAACUGACACAGAGAUUACAAGAUUUGGGCCAAAUUGGGGGGGAAAUCUCUAAUGCGGCUCUCUGCCAGUAUGUUUAUUUUAGCGUGAAAUGUGUAAAUUCUACUUUUAAUGAAUGAAACUCCCUGUCCUUAAGGCCUGCUGGAUGAAAGAAGAUAGAAUAUCACCUCAAAUCAGUUUAUUUACUUUUUUUUAAAUUCUUUUUGUGCAGUUUGGAUAUUAUUUAGCUAUGUAAAUUACCAUAGCAGUAUUAUUUUAUUUAAAUUUGUUACUGAAUUCUCAGUUUGUGCAGUCAUUGACUUCUUGCUGUUUCAGACUAUGGAACUGGCCCGUAACCCUGCCAUGAUGCAAGAGAUGAUGAGGUACCAGGACCGGGCACUCAGCAAUCUGGAAAGCAUCCCUGGAGGAUACAACGCCUUACGCCGGAUGUACACAGAUAUCCAAGAGCCACUCUUCAGUGUAGCCAGAGAGCAGGUACUUGUGCAUGCGGUACUGCAUGUUCCUCACUAGGGGGAGAGCGUAUAACCAAUCAUUCUAAAAUGCUAAAUAAAUCUAGUGAUCUUUGUUUUAUCUUUGGGUGUAUGUAAGCUGUGUUGAUAAAAACUGUGGACGUUCAAAGGGGUACUCUACACUUUCUAAGCACUGCGACUUUGUGAUGGUGCUAUAAGUCUUUGUUUUUUUGUUCUGGAUAUACACUGAGUUGUAGUGAAUUAAAAUUCAACUGGCAAAACUAAGGCUAAAAUAGCUGAUCUGAACAAAUUCUCCAACUCUGCUUUAGACACGGUAUGACUAUUUUAGCCUCAGUUUUGCCAUUUCAGAAUUGUGUUUAAAGGGAAACUGUGGGCACCCAGACCACUUCAGCUCAUGGAAGUAGUCUGGGUGCUGUGACCCUUUUGCACUUAGUGCUGCAAUGUAUAGCAUUGUAGUUCCAGAUAACUGCAAUGUUUACAUUGCAGCUCUAAGUCUGCCCCCUGUGGCUGUCUACCAGACAGCCACUGGGGGUGCUUCUGGAAUCCAAACUGACUUUUGGUCUGUUAUCUUACGCUGGAUGCCCUUAGUGACCUCCAGCGUCUGAUCUUCCCCAUAGAAAACAUGGAAUAAUGCUUUCCUAUGGGGAGAUCUAAUGCGCACACGCAGCCAUUGCUACGCAUGCGCAUUAGGACUCCCCCGCCGGCUGUCGUUGGCGGGGUGUGGGCGGAGCCUGACCCAGCACCCAGGGACAUCAGUGCUAGAUUCAGGUAAUUUUUUUUUAAAAACAAUAUUACACUAUUUGUGGUUUCUUUUUGUAUUCAUCCAUAGUAAUCUCACUGUCAAGCACUUUGCAAAUGCUCAGAUACUAUAAAUCUUCCCAUAUGUGUACAGGUAAAGUCCAAUGAAGUAUAUUCCAAACAUUAAAUUUUCUUAAUACAUUUCAUCUUGCAUUGCGAGCCAACAAAGGGGCAAAAAAAAACAUAUAAUAUAUAUAAUUUUUUUUUUACAUUUUUUUGUGAGUUCAAAAUGUGAGUUUGUUUUUCAUACCUUUCCCAAAAAACUGCUACAGGUUUAUUCAAUAAACUCCAACCUGUUUUUAACUUUUUAAGGACCAAACUUCUGGAAUAAAAGGGAAUCAUGACAUGUCAUGUGUCCUUAGUGGGUUAAAGGGAUUCUAUAACAAACCUGUUUUCCUGGCACUAUAGGCUCCUGGAGUGACCCCCUGCCGCAGGGCUGAAGGAGCUGUUUUUUUUUGUUUUUUUAUAUAUAUAAUACAUUUACAUUUCAUUUGGCGAUUAUUUAUUUUUAUACGAAAAAGGGUAAUUUUACCUUUUUUAAGUUUGCUUAUAUCCACUCAUGGUGCACAUUUUGGGUCAUAAAUAUUUUCUUACAUACUGUCGAUGAAUGCAUUAUUUUGUGCAUCUACCUCUUCUAGUAAGGGGUUUUUGUAGGAGACUACACCGUACUACUGACUUCCCACUUUUCACCUUUUCUCUUUUUGAUUCCAUAGUUUAGCAAUAACCCGUUUUCCUCGGCUGGUGGCUCGGAAGGUUCCUCCUCGCAACCUCUACGCACUGAGAACCGGGAACCCCUGCCGAACCCCUGGAGUCCAUCGUCCGGCCCCGAGAUUCGCCCGCCCAGUAGCGAAAGCAACGCAGGGACCACCACUAGCCAAAGCACCCCCACUGUGUCAAACCCACUUGGCAUCAAUGCUGCCAAUCUGGGAACAGGUAAAGAUUUGUUUAGAAAUGCUUUGUGCCAAUCCUUGUUUCUAAAAGCAUCUGUCCCGGUAGACCUCUUUUUAGUCAUCUUGGGUGCCCUCUGCCUUGUUAUGCCAACCCACUAGACAUGGCUGGAAUGAGCUAGGAAAUUGGGUCUGCUACCAAGCCUUUCAAGUCAAACAGUAGGUAGGCUGUGUGAGUUCCUGGGUGAUUCUGUGAGUAGUGUUUCUCCCAGUGUUUGUCUGUGCAGCCGGAGUAAACCUUUUGGUUGCUAGAUUGCUGCUCUGUGAAUGCUGUCCGUUCCAGUGUCUGCUGGAUCUAGAAGGAAUGGCUUUAUGAUAACAAGAUGCUGUCUGCACGUAGUAUUUAGUAUCCAUUCCCUCCCCCCUCUAUGUUCUUCAUGCCCAGAACCUCUACAUUUUGUGUAGCUCUUAGAACCUCCUAUUCUGUGUAGCUAUUUUGGGCAUUUUUUAUGGUUUGACAGAAUCUGUAGCGUUGGUGCUCGAAGUGUCCCUUUUAAUGCUUUACUUGCCUGUGCUCUGUAGAUGUUUCUCUUGUUGAAGAUAAUAUGAUCAGAUCAGCGCUGCAGGAUGCACCCUACAUACAAUUUUUAUAGUUAAGGAGAGCCAAAUAGUUGUAACAAACCUUCAGCACUCGAGAUGUUGUGGACUACAUCUCCCUUGAUGCUUUGCCAGCGUUAUGGGAUGAUGGGAGUUGUAGUGUGUCAGCAUAUGUGUGUAGAUAUUUGUUAUUUCUUCCCCAGGUAUGUUCAGCAGUCCGGAGAUGCAGGGCCUGUUGCAGCAGAUCUCUGAGAACCCCCAGCUGAUGCAGAGUAUGAUUUCUGCUCCGUACAUGCGAAGCAUGAUGCAGACCCUCUCCCAGAAUCCUGACUUUGCUGCUCAGGUAUGCGAAACGGACUAUGAUACAGGUUAAACGUUUUACUGUGAGCCUAGUGUUUGCUCUUGAGCCAUUUGGAAUUUGUGCUGAUUAAACAUUUAUUAGCAAUUCUAUUGACUUCAUUUUUCUGAAUUUCAGAUGAUGGUCAAUAAUCCAAUUUUCAGUGGAAAUCCUCAACUGCAAGAGCAACUGCGAAGCCAGCUGCCAGUCUUUCUACAGCAGGUAAGGAGUGUGAGGCCUGGGAUUGUUCACAUGUCACCACGAGAUACCUGCUAGUGCACCCACAAGACUCCAUCCCACUUACAAGAUCGCAAAAUAUUAUUUAAAGGAUCACUAUAGUGUCAGGAAAACAAAGCCGUUUUCCUGACACUAUAGUGCCCUGAGGGUGCCCCCAUCCUCAGGGUCCUCCUCACGUGGCGCUUAAGGGGUUAAAACCCCUUCAGUUACUUACUUAAAUCCAGCGCUGGGCUCCCUCGGCGCUGGUGACCUCUCCUCCCCGCCAACGUCCCUGGAGCAGAAUGCGCAUGCGCGGCAAGUGCGUGCGCGCGCGCACUCAAAGUGUCCAUAGUAAAGCAUUUCUCAAUGCUUUCCUAUGGACGCUCUGUGCGAUGGAGACAAAAUUUGCCUCCAGCGUCGCAGAUGCGCCUCUAGUGGCUGUCCUCAAUAGGGGAUUACCUAGCACGCUGGUUUGCACGUUAUUUUGCCUCCUGACAGUGGUAAAGGCCAAUACAGACACGUUUGGUGGGGGAGUUUGCUAUUCAAUGCCCAGUAAGUAUGUAUAUCCUUCUGCUUUCCUGUUCAGGUUAAAUACACCACUCUGUGGCAGCACAUGCCUACCACUCUGUAGCACUGUGAAACCUCCAUGUUCUUUAAACAUUUUGUCAGACAGUUCCUGUAGUCCUGUUUCUGUCUGCCUAGUGUCGCUUGAGCUCCAUUGUGAUGGAAGCGCGUGAUUGUGAAUUUAAAGGAGCACCAGGCAUAUUAACCACUUACUCCCAUCACAAGCUGAUCCAUUACACAACCACACAGUGCUUCUCCUGAGUGACUUAUAAAGCUGUCCUGCUAGCUUUCACAACAACUACUCAAAGUUUCAUUCAUAAAAAAUCACGAUGGGAGCUACUUGGUUAGGUAAAAGAAACUGCUGUUGAUGCUAUUGGUUUGAGUAUUUUUUGUGUGUGAGAAGAGGGUGUUUUGAAGUUUAUUCAUUUAAUAAAAAAAUAAAAUCACGUGAUAGCUUAAUUACAGCACGAGUUAUGGAUGAUGCACUGUGCUCCUAUUCAGAACAGUGGGAGGGCCAUGAUUGAGUGAGGGCUCUUAGCCACUUCCUUAAAAUUCAUUCUAGGUUCUAUCUGAGUGUAACCCAUGUACCAAUCCCAAGCAGACCACCUCGCCAGUAACUGUCCCUGGGAAAGACACCUAACAAUGUAUAUAUCUGCCUAAUUCAAAUCAUCAUAGAUUGUUAGUUUGUUUACUUCCAGUACCUCCUUUCUAUAAUUGUACAGCGCAGCAGCAUAUGUUGGUGCUAUAUAAAUGCUAAUCAUACAUUAACCAGGUCAUGUUUUGCAGAUGCAGAAUCCAGAAUCUCUUUCCGUAAUGACCAAUCCCAGAGCAAUGCAGGCUCUGCUUCAAAUCCAGCAAGGCCUUCAGACUCUGCAGUCAGAGGCCCCUGGCCUGAUAACUAGGUAAGAUUAGUCCCUCUGUUUACAAACUUGCCUUUACUAUUUGAUCAUGAUUGUAAUAGUCUGGUUUUCAUUACUCCCCAGCCUUGGGUCCUAUGGUGUCCCUGGGGCACCUCCGGCACCGAGUGGGACAACCUCAGAAAUCCCCACCUCUUCUACACCUACACCUACACCUACUUCUCCAGCAGGGGGCAGCAGCAAUCCCCAGCAACAAAUGAUGCAGCAGAUGAUCCAACUUUUAGCUGCAGGAAAUUCUCAGGUAUUAUUGUGCAGAGUAUCUGCUCAUUGAGCCUUUUGAUUAGCAAUUUAUAACCGUUUCUCAAAAUGUAGUGCAAACGUAUGGUACCUGUUUUUUAAAGGGUCUCUCUAAUCACCAUAACCACUUUUGAAAUAUUUGUUUGAAUGUGUAUCUUCUGGUGUUAAAGGAACUCACCGGCAUUUGGAAUUCAUGUUUGUAUUACGGGGGUGGAGGGGAAAGAAAGAGAGAAAAGUUCACGCCAACUCCUCCUCCCGCGACAUAGUUUCUGAAGAUUUGCUUCCAUGAGGUUUGUCCAACCCAUUGCUCCACAUAAAGGAACAUUCGGGAAGAGAGGCGUGCCAAUCAGUUGCUUCUCAUAGGGAAGCGUUGAAUCCAACGCUUCCCUGUGAGCUGUAUUUGGCGACGUUGAAUGUCACAUGAUCAAGUGAAACUUUUGUUGCUCGGGAAGCGCCUCUUUGGUUGUCAGUAUGACAUGAAACAGCAAUGUUUUGCAUUACCACCACACCCUUACCACUUCAUUGAGAUGCAUUGGUCUGGUGCUUCUAGUGGUCCUGUAACUCGCUGUAACUACUUCUUGUUUUAUUUCAAUUUAUGCAGGGCCAGAAUCCAGAAGCCCGCUUCCAGCCACAACUGGACCAACUCAGUGCAAUGGGCUUCAUCAACCGUGAGGCCAACCUGCAGGCACUCAUAGCGACUGGAGGAGACAUCAAUGCAGCCAUUGAGAGACUGCUGGGUUCACAGCCAUCCUAA